CUAGUCGAAUCUUGCAUAUCGAUCGGUAAUUGCUGUGGAUCUGUGUUUGCCGGUCGACCGGCUAUGGCGUACCACGGAGAACCCCCUGCUGCUCUCCGAAGCAUCCCGGAUGACCUGAUCCCCGAGGUCCUGCUCCGCCUGCCAGCCCCAGCCGUCCAUCGUUCCCGCGCUGUGUGCAAGCUGUGGCGCAGCCUCAUCGACGACGACCGCUUCCUUGGUGCCCACCGCCGACAUCGCCCGGCCAUGCCCCUCUUCUACCUCCACCGCGAUGACAGCACGGCACCCGCGGAACUGAACCCGCCCAACUUACGCGUCCGUCUGGAAGCCAUCGACCUCCGCCCCCGCGCGACCCAGACGCUCAUCCGCUUCGCCGUCGCCCAGGAGCACAGGCACAUCGUCAGGUCCGCCCGGGGCGGGCGGCUGCAGCGGCGCCACGCCGUCCGAGCGGAUCAGAUCGAGGAGCCCAGCGGGUUCGACGUCCACGGCUCCUGCGACGGCGUCCUCCUCGUCUCCCACGGAUGGACCCUGUUCGCCUAUAAUCCCGCCGCGCGCCGCUGGGCCCAGCUCCCCGACAACGGCAGCCCCAUCGUCGGCUUCUACGCGCAUCGCCCUACGGGCACCUUCCGUGUGCUGCUGUCCCACGGGCGCUGUCGUGAAGAGCACUGGGUCCUGACCAUAUGCCGCCAGAUGACCCAGCGGCGCAUCCCAGGCACCGACGAGUUCCUGUCGGACCAGAAUAGGCUCCGCCCCGCCUGCGAAUCCCCACCGGCGCUCGUCUCGGGCUGCCUCCACUGGCUGCCGCAGAGCUUCCAGAGCAACAGAGACCUGCUGACGUUCGACACCGUGUCGGAGACGUUCCGAUGGAUGCGUCCUCCUCCCGCUGUAGAAGCGGACGGGCACGUGCAGGCGCUGCUCGAGCUCGACGGGAUGCUCGCCAUGACCGUGACGCGCGCCGGGGACCUGGCGCAGCUCUGGGUCAUGGGGGACUAUGGAGAGCAGGCCUGGUUCUGCAAGCUCCAAGUGUCGCUACCAGUGGAUCGCUUCGGCGGCGCCGUCCACCUGGGCGGCGUGGCCAUCGUGUCGCAGGAGGGAGACGUGCUGAUCCAGUGCGAGAACGGCUUGUUGCAGUGCGACUCCGUGGGGAGAGUGCACAAGCAUCACCAGCUUGAGCACCAUCGGGCUGUGGCCGUGCCACACAUGUUUAAGGAAAACAUCGUUCCGCAUCAUUGCCUGGAUGAUCAACAGCCCAGAGAAGGGUGGGAGGGUCGUCAGAUUCCACCUUUCUUCCGCGACAUGCGCGAUGGAUGCUACUACCCUACUCCAUGAAACUUUGCUGCUCGUCAUCUAUCAAAUUUCUUCUCUUCGUUUUGGAGGAAUAUAUUCCGCAUUGCCCCUCU